AUGAAUAUUCCUAUAGGGCAGUGGAGUAUCGACCCAAAUAAAUUGUCAAGCCCUUAUCAGAGUUCUUCUUUGACUGCAGGACAGUGUAUUAGUGAUCCAGGCAUGAAAUCAGCAUCUCAUCGUCCAAUCAGUAUGAACAUAAACAUGAACAUGAACAUGGACAUGAACAUUGACAUACCUUUGAAUCUUAAUUCUACAGAUUAUGAUGCUAAAUCUCGGGAACUGUCUACAGAUAUUAAUUCAGAAUCACAGCAACCUGAAUCAAGUUAUUUUGGCAUAAAUCAUGAAACUUAUCAUGACAUCGAUGAGUUUCUAGUUCAAGAAUUACGUGAGUUAGACAUUCCAUUAGCACCGUCUGUACAUGAAGAUGCCGCGGAUGGGCUUUAUAGCAAACCAAAGAUUGAUGACAGCACUUUAAGCAUGUUUGCAAAUGGACUGGAGAAGGCAGGUUUUAAAGACGGUAUUUUCGAUUCCUAUCAUCAUCAGCAUCCUUUGACCCCAAGGAAAACUCAUAACAGGGAACCUAGUGGAACUGCCAUCUUUGGCUUUGUAAAUCAUAACCAUAACCUGACCAUUAAUCGCCCUGUACACGAAAGUAGCAUUAACGCUAUUUGCGGAUCCGCAGAUGUUGCUUAUGAUAAUAUGUGUAUCAAAGAAGACGGGCUACCUACGGUAAAUACGCUCAUUUUGAAACAGCAAGAAGAACUGGGGCUGGCGUUGGAGAAACAAAAAGAAGUUAAUCGGAGACUCCAAGAGCAAUUAAAGAUAAACCAGCUACAGCAGCAACAAUUACAGGAAGCAUUAUGUAAAAAGGAAGCGGCAGCUAGACAAACCUUUUCCGAUUCGUCCUGUAUUGCAACUCCGAGGAACGUCCCUCGUAGAAGUGAUAGUAUUUUGGUCACGUCGAACAGCAAAUCUGGAGGCUAUCAAUUCCCCCCUCCACGUGAUGAAACAACUUCUUUCGUGUUAUCACCUUCCACAGGAUCUAUUUCAGUUCCUCAAAAUAAGGAAUCUUUACCAGGAAAAAACAUAGAAAUCAUGUCUUUAGUGAGAGAGAAUGAACCAGAAGGUACAUGCAAUCGCUUGCAAUGGAAGAAGCUAGGGAAUCUUCCAAUGCAUAGGCCACAUACUGUAUCUGGCAGGAUUAAUUACCAAUGUUUAGAAGAAGAUUCACUGGAUAAAUCACAUUACCAAAACCAAAGUAACGAAAACGCUAAGUCAAGUUCUCACAUUUCUUCCAGUCCCAGAAAUCAUCUAUUUAGCAAUUCAUCACCUAAAUUACCGUAUGCCUCUCCAAUAAACGAUAAACAUCAUCGAAGUAAAAGAUCGGUGACAUCAACUGCUUCUACAAUACCAAUGUCAUACGAGGAAGAUAGUGACGUUGAAUCUCUUUCAUGCAAGAAACAACAGGUCAAUACUAUUGGAUUGGGCUUGAAUUAUAAAGAGCAGAAUUCGAAAUCCGCUUUCGUUUUGAAUAAACCUCCUCAGUUGGGGUUACUACCCACAAUACCGGGCUCUAAUAACAAUACACCAAUCAAACGUAAGGAUAAGGUCCCAUUCCCUUCCCCAGGGUAUCCGCCUAAAUACUGUUUUCAACAUAUUUCAGUUAAUGACUCUAAACACCAAUCAACGCGUACAACAAUGGACCAGGCUACCAAUUAUUCUCUGGAACAAAAUAUCUUUGAUUCAGUCCAAGCGGCAAACCUCAAACCACCAGAUAUUUCAUAUAAGAGAUACCGCCGCGAUACUCCAGAUACUGCUGACGAAUGUGAUGAGCCUAUCCAAGAGUUUGUGCAGGCACAAAGUCCCUCGCCCAUUCUAUUAUCACAGAAAAAAUUCGAUAACACUCAUCAACUAAACACAAGGAGCUUGUAUGAUGGCGCGGCGUCCUUACACCCCACCCAGUCUGCUAUAAGCAGCCCUGAGAGAUUGUCACCUAUGAAAAAGGCAAGUAACUUACCUCAAGAAGAGAUAGAUCAGUAUAUUAGAAAGUUGGAGGAUAAAACUUUUGAAUGCCUCUAUCCAGAUUGCAAUAAACUGUUUAACCGACGUUACAACAUCAGAUCUCACAUUCAAACACAUUUAGAAGACCGUCCUUUCAAGUGCGAUUUUGUUGGAUGUACAAAAGCGUUCGUUCGCAAUCAUGACCUAAUAAGGCACAAGAAAACACACGCUGAGAAGGUCUACAUUUGCCCUUGCAGUAAGAAGUUUAGUCGUGAAGAUGCGCUGUUAACACAUAGGGCAAGAAUGAUAUGCAUUGGAGGUAAAAAGUUUGAAAAUAUUGUUAUAAAAAGAUCUCCUAGGAAACGUGGUAGGCCGAAAAAGGAUGGUUAUUCUAGCACAAAUAGCAGCCCGGUGAAGGAGGUUUUGGCUAACGACCACAAUGGUACAGUAAUUCUUAAAAUGGAAGAGCAGCUUCAAAAAGUAUUUGAGCAAUCAGGGUCAGAAGUAGUUCAAGAUGACACGAUAAUCAAUGAAAUCGUCACUCACAAGCAACCCAAUAGCAACGAGGGAGUAAGAACCCCGCUAUCAUUACCGAAGCAAUUCUCAAGCCCGUUGGAUGAGGUUAGUUCUUAA